AUGGGGAAAGUUGACUUCAAAAACUAUAAAGCAAAGCCGAAGGAGCCGGUGUAUGUUUCAACGGCCCUGGGAACAGGGGCGGGAUUAAACCCAACCCUGAAGCGACGGAGAAUACAAACGGAACCAUCUGUUUUACUCAAACCUUUCAAGCCACCAAUCUCUAGGCCAUCUACGCGAGAUAUAUCGUCGAGUAGUACUUUGAAUGGAAGGGCAGUUAGGAAAGCCAGAUUAAGGGGACCCAAAUCAUACGCAGAAGGCACGCUACCCGGUGAUUCGAAAGAUUCUGACACGUUGUAUCUCGAUGAGAAUAGCUAUGGCCAAUAUACGCAAAAGAGAAAGAAUGCAUUACAUCCAAGGCUGGUGUUGGGUGACAGUGAUAAAAACAUGAAUACGUUAGUGAAGAAGUUUGUUGUCCCUCUGAAAGAUAAACCUGAAGAAUGGCAGGCAAGACCCAGAGCUCCUCCACCACUAGGAAAUCGUAAAAAAAUAUACUUCCCACCAAGAGCGUUACAUGAUCCCCUGGGGGAGCUAGCUAUUGUGUUGUAUGACCCAACAGUUGAUGUUAUACCCGAGCUGAAAGAAGAAGAGGAGAAAGCCAUGGCCGAGGAAAAGGCAAAAAGAGAAACGUCGAAGCAAGCUUCUCCCGUUCCAGAACUCUCACAACGACCUUCAAGGUUCAAACUGUAUAAUAAGAAGUCUCUUAAUGAACUACUCGGAAUAUCCUCCAAUGAGGAGGAUUUGAAGACCAAGUUUCCCAACGUACCAGUGGUCAUUGAUCCCAAACUAGCCAAAAUCUUACGACCUCACCAAAGGGAAGGUGUUAAGUUUUUGUAUAGAUGUUGUGCUGGGUUGGUUGAUGCACGUGGUCAUGGUUGUAUAAUGGCCGAUGAAAUGGGAUUAGGUAAGACAUUGCAAUGUAUUACCCUAAUGUGGACCCUAUUAAAACAAGGGCCUAGAGGUAAACGAACAAUUGAAAAGUGUAUCGUUGUCUGUCCAUCUUCCUUGGUUAAAAACUGGGCAAAUGAAAUAGAUAAAUGGUUAGGUAAGGGCGUAUUGAAUUCUCUGGCAAUAGAUGGCAAAUCUCAAAAAGGUUUAGGAAUUGGGGAUGCAGUAGAAAAUUGGGCGUUGGCCACCGGCAAAGGUAUCGUUAGCCCAGUAUUAAUUAUCAGUUAUGAAACACUUAGACGUAAUAUAGACAGGCUACAAAAUUGCGAAGUCGGCUUAGUGCUGGCAGAUGAAGGUCACAGACUCAAGAAUGGAGAUAGCUUGACUUUUAAUUCAUUGAACUCGAUUAAUUGCCUUCGAAGAGUGAUUCUUUCGGGUACUCCUAUUCAGAACGAUCUAUCUGAAUAUUUUUCUUUACUUAACUUUGCUAAUCCUGGACUUCUGGGUAAUAAAGCAGAGUUCAGGAAAAACUAUGAACUUGACAUCCUAAGAAGUAGGGACUCUGAAGCUACUGAAAAGGAGAAGCAGAAAGGUGAUACCAAGCUAAAGGAAUUGAAAGAAUUGGUCCAAAAGUUCAUUAUUAGAAGAACAAACGAUAUUUUGAGUAAAUAUUUGCCGGUCAAAUAUGAAUAUGUUAUUUUCUGUGGUUUAUCUGAUUUACAGAAACAGUUAUAUCAUCACUUCAUAACUUCUCCCGACAUUAAGAAGUUGUUGAAAGGUCUUCAUUCUCAACCCUUGAAAGCAAUUGGCUUAUUGAAAAAAUUAUGUAAUCACCCAAACCUACUAACACUACCUGAAGAUAUUGAAGGCUCUGAAGAUCUAAUCCCGGAUGAUUAUAGAGAUGAUAGAAAUAAUACAGGGAGAAAUAGAGAAAUUCAAACAUGGCACAGUGGAAAAUUUCUUAUGUUGGAAAGAUUCUUAUUCAAGAUCAACAAGGAAACCGAUGAUAAGAUUGUUGUCAUCUCCAACUACACUCAAACACUCGAUCUUGUUGAGAAACUAUGUAGGCAGCAUAGGUUUGGUUCUUUAAGAUUGGAUGGUACGAUGAAUAUUAACAAGAGACAAAAACUUGUGGAUAGGUUCAACAAUCCCGAUGGAAAAGAGUUUGUAUUUUUAUUGAGUUCUAAGGCAGGUGGAUGUGGUAUCAACUUAAUUGGUGCAAAUCGAUUGGUCUUGAUGGAUCCGGACUGGAAUCCUGCAUCGGACCAACAAGCGUUAGCAAGAGUAUGGAGAGAUGGCCAAAAGAAGAACUGCUUUAUUUAUCGACUAAUAUCGACAGGAACAAUUGAAGAAAAAAUCUUUCAGAGACAGAGUGCCAAAAUGCAGUUAUCUUCAUGUGUGGUUGAUUCGGCAGAUGACGUUGAACGAUUAUUCAGUACGGAUAAUUUGAAACAGUUGUUCCAGUUCAACACGAAAACCAUCUGCGAGACCCAUGAUACGUUCAAGUGUAAAAGAUGUGACGCUGAUGGCAGACAACGAAUCAAGCCAACGACUAUGUUGUAUGGUGAUGCCACCACAUGGAAUCAUAUCAACCAUGGUAAUCUAGAUCAAAAUGAGGACUUUCUCAUUCAGAAUGAAAGUCAGUAUAACACUGUUGAUUUUGCCUUCCAAUAUAUAUCACAUUAA